AUGGCUUCCUCACUCUUCUUCCAAACGUUGCUUCUCUUCGCCGUUAUCUCCGCCGUCAGCCCCUGCCUGCCGUCAGAACGGGCAGCACUCUUGGCCUUCAAAACUGCCCUGACCGAACCAUACUUGGGCAUCUUCCGCACCUGGUCGGGCAUCAACUGUUGCGAUGGCUGGUACGCCGUCAGCUGCAACCCCACCACCAACCGCGUCACCGACAUUAACCUCCGCGGCGAGUCCCAAGACCCAAUCUUCCAGAAGCUUCGCCGCUCCGGCUACAUGACCGGUAAAAUAUCGCCGGAGAUUUGCAACUUGGGCAACCUCACCACGCUGGUCGUCGCCGACUGGAAGGCCAUCUCCGGAGAGAUCCCCCCAUGCGUUGCCUCGCUCUCCUCACUCCGAAUCAUCGAUCUCGCCGGGAACAAAAUAUCCGGCGAGAUUCCGGCCGACGUGGGGAAGCUCCAGCAACUAGCCGUUUUAAACCUCGCCGACAAUGACAUAUCCGGCAUUAUUCCGGCAUCGAUCGUGGACCUCGCCGGACUCAUGCACCUCGACCUCAGCAACAACCGAAUCGAGGGUGAGGUACCCUCCGAUUUCGGAAAACUCGCCAUGCUGAGUCGCGCUUUGUUGAGCCGGAACCAACUCACUGGUUCGAUUCCCGAGUCGGUAUCGAGAAUGAACCGGCUUGCAGAUUUAGAUUUGUCAUUGAACCGGAUGGCCGGUUCGAUCCCGGUCGAGUUGGGAAAAAUGAAGGUUCUUUCUACGCUGAAAUUGGAUGGUAACUCUAUGUCGGGUGAAGUACCUUCCACUUUGCUGGGCAAUAAGGGUAUAGGGAUCCUGAACCUGAGCCGAAAUGGGUUUUCGGGUACCAUACCCGAUGUUUUCGGGUCAGAUUCUUAUUUCAUGGUCCUUGAUCUGUCGUUUAAUAACUUUUCGGGUAAGAUACCCGGUUCGUUAUCAUCGUCCAAGUUCAUGGGGCAUUUAGAUUUUAGCUUCAACCACCUAUGUGGAACAAUCCCAAUUGGGUCUCCGUUUGAUCAUAUUGAUGCGGCGUCGUUUAGUAACAAUGACUGUUUGUGUGGAAACCCGUUGAAGGCUUGUUGA